CUCAGUACUGCCCAGGACAACAGAACAGGCCACAGAUCGCCAGGACAGCCCUGCCUCUCCACUGACCAGUGGCGCUGAGAUGGAGUACGAGCCCAAGAAAGCCAAAAAGGGCUUUGUGUCCCCAAUCAAGCGCCUGGUCUUCCCCAAAUCGGGGCGCAAGCAGAUGGACAAGGGCAGCCUGUACCGGCGCCCGCUGCACACUGUCCCACUGUACCCACCAGACUACCUCAUCCAUCCCGAGAGGCUGAUCUACGAUUACGUGGAGAAAGAGGUGAAGCUCUUAGGUCACCUGACCUGGGUGUCAUGCUCUCUGAACCCCUCCAGCCGGGAUGAGCUGCUGCAGCUCCUGGACACAGCCCGGACCCUGAAGCUCCUGCCUUUAAAGACGAGCCCAGAGCAGGACUGCAUCCUGAGCCUGUCCGCCCGCUGUCUGCUGCUCACCUGGAGGGACAACGAGAAACUGCUCCUGAGGAUCCCUACACACGAGAUCGCUGCCGCCUCCUACCUGCGGGAUGACGCACUGCAUCUCCUGGUGCUCAAAACAGGUCUGAAUGUGGACACGGUGCUGGCUGACGGCAGUUUGGAGAGGAAGCCCGGUGGCAUUGAGAGCAGGCGGCAGACAGUCAGCAACACUGACCCACGGCCAGCGGGGGGCACUAUGGAGCGCAGGCACACCAUCUGCGGGGUGGACUGGAAGCCCUCGUCCCGACACGAGCCCAAACAGGCUGGGGCCUCGGGCGGGGCCCAGGCCGCAGUGCAGGCAGGGGCAGGAGCAGGGGCAGGGGCAGGGACCGGCAGCGGAGGUAGCCUGGAAAGGAAGAGGGUGAGCGGGAGCUGGGAGCGGCGGCAGACCCGGAAGGCUGGCGGGAGCUGGGAGAAGAGGCCCGUCAGCGGGAGCUGGGACCGGAGGCCUGUGGGGGGCAGUUGGGAGAAAAGACAUACGGGGAAGCCCGGGGGCAGCUGGGAGCGGAAGCAGACCCAGGGUGGGAGCUGGGAGCGCAGGCAGGCCUGCACGGGCAGCUGGGAGAGGGGCAAGUCCUACGGCAGCUGGGAGCGGCGCAACCACAACCCCCUGGAGCCCACACCCUGUCCCGACGCCUACUGCAACCUGGUGAUCCUGGCUGUGGAGAGCAGAGAUGCUGCUGAAGAGUACUGCGCCCUGAUUUGUCAGAUGUUCCAGAUUAUAUACGGCCACCAGACCAUCGAGUGCGUGGACCGGGCAGGCUACCACUACACCACCUCUGACCGCUAUUGGCUUCAGAGAAGUGACAGCUGUCUGACAGAUAUGACAUAUGGCUAUGAAGCAGACUUCAGCUGCUGUAGCUCUUACGACGGCUCCCAGGAGACCUUUGACCCCUACUACAGUGAGAACUACAGCGAGGGCUCGUCCCUGUCCCCCCACGACUCGCACCGCAGCCUGGCCUCCCUGCACAGCGACAGCGACCCCAGCACCAUGGGCCUGCAGCUCAUGCAGGAGUACAUGAUCACGCUGAGGAGCAAACUGAGUCCCCAGGAGAUCCAGCAGUUCGCCCUGCUGCUGAGGGAGUACCGUCUGGGCUCCCACAUCGAGGAGUUCUGCGCCGACCUGCUCCAGCUCUACGGGGACACUAGAAAGUUCCUGCUUGUGGGCAUGAGGCCGUUCAUCCCAGACAAAGACGUGGGCGUCUUCGAGAGUUUCCUGGAGGGCAUCGGCAUCCGGGAGGGAGGCAUCCUGACGGACAGCUUUGGCCGGAUCAAGCGGAGCAUGAGCAGUACCUCGGCCACCGCAGUGCGGGGCUAUGACAGCUGGUCUUUACCCUCCGGCUCCCAGGACUUCAACAGGAUGAUCACCAACAUCACGCAUGAUAUUGAAGCACUGGGCUUUGAGGAGGGGGAUGGGGACAUAGAGGAGGAAGACUACUACCUCUAAGUGGGACCAAGCCAGUGGACGCACUGAAACACUGGAAAUAUGUGAUUUCCUUUUCAGGGACUCAUUCCAUUGCACUAAAGCGUAUUCAAUAGUGCAUUUGACACACUACUGUGUCACAUUAGCAUUGUGGUUGCGCAUUGUGUAUUUGAUUUUUAGAUUUUAGAUUUUUUAAAAGGGGCACUGCAUUUUCUACUCAGAUCAAAAUACUGUAAACUGAAACUAUAGAAAUCUAUAACUGCUCCUCGAGAUUUUAGGGGACAACUAAAUUCAGCAUAUGAAUACAGGUUUGGCUCAGGUUCUGAUAAAUACUCAGAAUUUUCCACUGUAUAAAAUAUGCCUAAAUUAAAUAACAAUGUGUCUUGCUUCUUGGCUCACUGGUAAAACUACAGCAUAUAAGAGAGUAUAUGAUGACUUCAGUCUAUUAAUAUUCAUGAUAAACAGGGUUCAGCCGGAAUUUGCACCACCUCAUUUGCAUACAUUCACAUCUGAUUGCAAUGCUGUGUGUGGAUACCAAGCAACCUACCU